CAGUCAAACACACACCCUCCUCCCCCAUCGCUGCAGUGUCUCAACUGCCUUGGAGCAAGCAAGAGAGGAUACAGAACACAGACGGUUAGAAGACAGAGGAAGAGGGCCGCUGAAAGAGACACACACAAACAGAGAGAGAGAAAGAGUGAGAGGUGUACUUUGUGUGUGCAGCGAAAAUGAGGACGGCAUGAAGAUGAAGCAGAGGCACUGAAAGUGGAUUGCACUGAGCCUUCUCUUUCCCUGCAAGGGCUUGUCUGCAGUAUCCUUUUGUAAACGGAUGCUGGCUUGAGAUCACGGCUUCCCAUCCUCUGGGAGAAAUCUAACAAAAGAAGAGGAGGAAAAGUUUUUAUCACUUGGAUCAAGCAAAACUGGCUAAACAUUGAACGGAGGUGCAUGGUUAGAACACAGCACAAGAGCCAUGUGGGAGGAGAGUGACUGGGAUUUCAUAUUCACAAGCAUCAAGUCCAAGUCUUUUCUCUGCUGACAUACAGUAACCUUUCCUCAGCCUUUCACCAGUGCUUUUCCUCAGGGGGAGCCCCUGCUAUGAACCCCAGCUCUGUUGGCUUCAGCAGGCAGUUCAACCUCAGUGCCAGGGACUGUGUGGGCAUCCCACAAGUCUGGGUUCUGCCUACACAGAACUCACAGACUGCCCCUGAAGAAAAAGAAUGAAAUACUCCUGAGUCACUCCAGUGUGUGGUCCCUUUGCUGUCUCCUGUUAUCGCUGAUUUCUUGUCUGGAUCCUUCCCUGAAUAUUUGCGCUCUACAGAAACAGUCUCCAGCUCCUCCACCACCACCUCCUAUUGAUCCACUUCUUCAUCAUAAUUUGCUUUCCCAUCCAGAGGCAGCACGAGUUCCUUUGUGCUAACGACGUGGUGGAGGACCAUGGGAUGCCGUCAGAGCUCCGAGGAGAAGGAAGCGGCUCGGCGCUCCAGGCGGAUCGACCGCCAUCUGCGCUCAGAGAGUCAGCGGCAACGGCGUGAGAUCAAGCUUCUCCUGCUGGGCACCAGCAACUCCGGAAAGAGCACCAUUGUUAAGCAGAUGAAAAUCAUUCACAGUGGUGGCUUUAACCUGGAAGCCUGCAAGGAGUACAAGCCUCUCAUCCUCUACAACGCCAUCGACUCUCUCACCCGCAUAAUCCGAGCCCUCACCACCCUUAAGAUUGACUUUCACAAUCCCGAUCGCGCCUAUGAUGCCGUUCAACUCUUUGCCCUCACAGGGCCGGCUGAGAGCAAAGGGGAGAUCACUCCAGAGCUGCUGGGGGUGAUGAAACGUCUGUGGGCAGACGCAGGGGUCCAGGAGUGCUUUCAGCGCUCCAACGAGUAUCACUUAGAGGACAACACGGCCUACUACCUAAACGACCUGGACCGCAUCUCUGCACCUGAGUACAUCCCCACUGUAGAGGACAUCUUGCGCUCCCGUGACAUGACCACAGGCUUAGCAGCCAGCGCAGAGCCAGGGGUGCAAUCCAAUGAGGCAGAGUCUGCUGCCUCACCGCCUUUUCCUUGUUCUUACGUUUUGUGUUUCUGUGCACCACAGAGCCGCAUGGCCGAGAGCUUGCGUCUGUUCGACUCCAUCUGCAACAACAACUGGUUCACCAACACAUCGCUCAUUCUCUUCCUCAACAAGAAGGACUUGCUGGCUGAGAAGAUUAAACGCAUUCCCUUGACAGUGUGCUUCCCAGACUACAAAGGCCAGAACACCUACGAAGAGGCGGCCGUCUACGUACAGCGUCAGUUUGAGGACCUCAACCGCAACAAGGAGACCAAGGAGAUCUAUUCGCACUUCACCUGUGCCACCGACACCAGCAACAUCCAGUUUGUGUUCGAUGCUGUCACGGACGUGAUCAUCCAGAACAAUCUUAAGUAUAUUGGGCUAUGCUAGGACCUGACACUCGAUGGGAGGUGGGUUCAGGUGGGUUUUUGCAGCGGGAGAAAUGCAGGCAACUCAGAGGCAGUUGGCCCCCACCAGUGGGCAAUGUGUUAGUCUGUCUGCUUUUGAGGAUUUGCAGGAGAGAACUGGAGAUAAAAAUCUGUGUUAAGUCGGUCGGGUUGGACAAUGCUGUUGAGUCAACAGAGCUGCCGGGCCGUGUUUGAGGUGGGAGUUUUUACCUUAUGUGUUUGCACUGAAUUUAAGUAUGCAGAGACACCACACAUAAACGCACACAAACAUCUUCAUGGUUUGUUCACACACAAAGUAUUUGGGUCAACUCUCCUUUGAUAGAGCGACACUGGAAAAUUCAAGACUACUCUUGUCAAACCUAAGAGUGAGAUCCAAGUGUGUACUGGCAGUUUUUUCCCCUUUCUAAUUAUUUGCCUGAGUCAAUUAAUGCUGCGUUAUGAUAUAUAAUCUUGACAAAUCAAUGCUGGUUUUUUGAGGGAGAGAGAGGGGAGUCUUCAAAUAUAGGAUACAGCGAGUGUACCUGAUGAGCUGUUCCCCUUCGAUCUCUGUUUCUGAAGGGGAAAAAAGUCAGUUCAUAUGAUGUCACAGGGUUGCUGUCAAAAAGGAAACUGCCACGACCUAAAAAAAAACAGAAAAAAAUUGGUGAAACUUGUUUUCAGCACACAGCAGUGCCUUGCAAAAGUUCAGCUGCCUCUUGAACUUUUCAACUUUUUUGUCACAUUGCAACCACAAACGUCAAAUGCAUGUCAUGUUUUUGAGUGAUGGAUCAGCACAAAGCAGUGCAUAAUUGAGACAUGAAAGAAAAAUUAUGCUUGGUUUUCAACUUAGUGUGUUCAGCCUCAUUAUCUGGGAUACCUCCAAGUUAAAGAUAAGAAGUCAUUCAAGUAAUGAAUGAAAUACACAAUUGUUUAAUUUAAUCCCAUUGGUCAGACAUUUCUUAUUCUACUAAUCAGUUCAGCUAAUAAUUAUCAGACAGUCAUUGACAUUUCAUUCUCACAAAGUCAGCUGAUCCUAAACUAUUAAACAUUUUAUAUGUAAGUUAAAAUAGAACACGGCAACAGAACACUGUGAAUUACACAUCAUUGAUCCCAGUAUAGAUGCACUAUUCACAACUCAACUGCACCAAAAGCAACACAUACUUUAGAUGUGACAUAUUUUGAUCUUCCACUAUAACCCCCAUAAUUUUGUAGAUAUAGCAUGCAUAGAAAAAAAGGAAACAGUGUGACCUAGCUUUAAAGAACAUUAGUGAACAAACGGCACCACAAAGACCAAAGAACAAAUUAGGCGCAAAGUUAAAAGAACAAUAUCUCAGGCUUUUAACAUCUUAUGGAGUUCAGUCUGACUUCUUAGCAUAAAAAGAGUUUGGCAAACUCUACAAAAAACUUUCCCCAUGGUUGGCACAUGGUGGUCUCAAAAAAUGCUAUUCAGGCCUGAUGGAGAAAAUUUAUAUAACUGAAUACUGAAAGAACAUUUGUCAGAGGAUGCAAAGAUACUUGUAACAACAUCCAGAGAUAGAGCUCCAAUACAAUAGCUUACACUGAAGCAUAUUUGUCUUUCAUAAAUUCCCAAAGUCCAGGCCAAAAUCCAAUUAAGUUUCUCUACCACAGCUUGACAACUGAGAGACAUUUUUCAUCCUGUCGAAUGAAGCUUAAGUUAUUUUGCAAAGGAUUGGCAAAAAAAAAAAAAAAAAAAAAAAAAAAAGAUUAUGGGAAGAUCAGAAGGUGACUUUAGAUUCAAAAUACAACAGCUGAAAUGGGUUCUAAACGUAAUGGCCUAAGAAGUUAAAUUACUUUUGCAAUUGUUUGCACCCAAUUUUAUUUAGUCGUGUCAGAGGAAAUGGGGUGAAUAUAAAUUCAAGUCACACUUUUCAGAAGUCGGUUUGUUAAAUUUGAGAACCACCAACAUUAUUAGGCACUACUUUGUCUUGUUUUGUCAAACAAAAUCCUAAUAAAACACACAACUGUGGUUGUAAGUGAAAAAAAUGUGAAACGCAGGAGGUAAAAACACAUUUUGCAAGGUACCUUAUUUCUGUUCUUUCCUCUGGUUGACCCUCUUAUGUCCUUCUUUUUCCCCCCUCAUCUUUCUCCAAUAUUUAUCUGCUUUAAAAAUAAAUAAAAAAGUCUUUCAUACUUGCUUUUUAUAGCAGGUCACUGACUUGAAAUACCUGAGGUAUCUUACACUCAGAAAAGUAAAAAUUGUGUUUAUAACCAUUCCAAGAGUCCAGCAAGAGACAACAAAAACCGUGCCAAGAUCAGUUUGUAAAUAAAAUCAGAUCCCAUACUUUUCUUUUUUUUUUUUUUCAUCUUGUUUUUAUGGAAAAUACAUUAAAACAUGCAUGAUUUUGUUACUUUGGGAUACUAAUAUAUAUUUUCUUUGGGAUUAUGUUUCUUUUUUUUCCUCGGGUUUAAAUAAUAUAUUCCCAAAAAAUAUAUAUAUAAAAGUCAAACACUGUGUACGAUUGUACAGUUCUCAGAGAGGAAUCUAUUGAAAAAGAGAUAUAUGAAUAUAAAAAUGCUGAGAAAAAUGUUUUGUUGAUGACCAAGAAGAUUACAAUGAUGUAAUGACAAGAAAACAGUCUCUUUAAGGUCAUUAUGUGAGGACAAAGUGGAUCAAAGAAGAACAAGGAUUUAAAACAUCAUAAAAGAAAUCUUGAAAGUUCAACCUUCCUUACGUUAUCUAAGUGGAAAUUGUCAGUGGCUAUGAUGUAAAUAUACUGUAAGGUACACUCUUUGUUCAAACAAAUGAAAAUAUAGGUUGAGUUGGGAUACUGUCAGUGACAUAAAGAGAGAGCGAGAGACAGAAGAGGAAGAUCCCUCUCCACUCUUCCCUCUAUCUUUCCAGCUCAGAGAACAACUCAGCCAAGGGCUUCGAGCUUGGCUUUACAGGAUGUCCACUUCAACAAAAAUAAUUAAAAAAAAGAAUUUAACAAAAAAAAAAACAACAAAAACAAUGAGAUACAAAAUAUAAAAGGACAAUAACUAUGAAUAAAACAACUUAUGCAAAUUUCCAUGGUGUAGUGAAUGUGUUUCUUGGGUGAUUUUUGUCUAAGUGUUCUUGUUUCACUGUAAUGAUGCAUAAAAACAAUUUUGCAACCUCCAAGGUUGCUGUAUCAAAGGUGGCGGCGAGGGGGUCCUCUGCGUACAAUGUAGCCAUUGGAGCAAGAAAACUUUGGGUAUGAAGUAUGCAAUUAAAUUACUCCUGAAUGAA